AUGAUCGUUGUGGGAGUAGUGAUAGUGGUGAGAGUGCACCAGGAGGGGGUCAGCGGGAGUGGGGUCAGGGGGAGUGGAAGCACCAGGAGGGGCUCAGGGGGAGUGGGGUCAGGGGUAGUGGAAGCACCAGGAGGGGGUCAGGGGAGUGGGGUCAGGGGGAGUGGAAGCACCAGGAGGGGGUCAGGUGGAGUGGGGUCAGGGGGAGUGGAAGCACCAGGAGGGUGUCAGGGGGAGUGGAAGCACCAGGAGGGGGUCAGGUGGAGUGGAAGCACCAGGAGGGGGUCAGGGGGAGUGGAAGCACCAGGAGGGGGUCAGGGAGAGUGGGGUCAGGGGGAGUGGAAGCACCAGGAGUGGGGUGAGGGGGAGUGGAAGCACCAGGAGGGGGUCAGGGGGAGUGGGGUCAGGGAAGUGGAAGCACCAGGAGGGGGUCAGGGAGAGUGGAAGCACCAGGAGGGGUCAGGUGGAGUGGGGUCAGGGGAGUGGAAGCACCAGGAGGGGGUCAGGUGGAGUGGGGUCAGGGAGAGUGGAAGCACCAGGAGGGGGUCAGGUGGAGUGGGGUCAGGGGAGUGGAAGCACCAGGAGUGGGGUCAGGGGAGUGGAAGCACCAGGAGGGGGUCAGGGGGAGUGGGGUCAGGGGGAGUGGAAGCACCAGGGGGGGUCAGGUGGAGUGGGGUCAGGGGGAGGGGAAGCACAGGAGUGGGGUCAGGGGGAGUGGAAGCACCAGGAGGGGGUCAGGGGAGUGGGGUCAGGGGAGUGGAAGAACCAGGAGGGGGUCAGGUGGAGUGGGGUCAGGGGAGUGGAAGCACCAGGAGUGGGGUCAGGGGGAGUGGAAGCACCAGGAGGGGUCAGGUGGAGUGGGGUCGGGGAGAGUGGAAGCACCAGGAGGGGGUCAGGUGGAGUGGGUUCAGGGGGAGUGGAAGCACCAGGGGGGUCAGGGGAGUGGGGUCAGGGGGAGUGGAAGCACCAGGAGGGGGUCAGGUGGAGUGGGGUCAGGGAGAGUGGAAGCACCAGGAGGGGGUCAGGUGGAGUGGGGUCAGGGGGAGUGGAAGCACCAGGAGGGGGUCAGGUGGAGUGGGGUCAGGGGGAGUGGAAGCACCAGGAGUGGGGUCAGGGGGAGUGGAAGCACCAGGAGGGGGUCAGGGGGAGUGGGGUCAGGCGGAGUGGAAGAACCAGGAGGGGGUCAGGUGGAGUGGGGUCAGGGGGAGUGGAAGCACCAGGAGUGGGGUCAGGGGGAGUGGAAGCACCAGGAGGGGUCAGGUGGAGUGGGGUCAGGAGGAGUGGAAGCACCAGGAGGGGGUCAGGUGGAGUGGGGUCAGGGGGAGUGGAAGCACCAGGAGGGGGUCAGGGGGAGUGGGGUCAGGGGGAGUGGAAGCACCAGGAGGGGGUCAGGUGGAGUGGGGUCAGGGGGAGUGGAAGCACCAGGAGGGGGUCAGGGGGAGUGGGGUCAGGGGAGUGGAAGCACCAGGAGGGGGUCAGGUGGAGUGGGGUCAGGGGGAGUGGAAGCACCAGGAGGGGGUCAGGGGAAGUGGAAGCACCAGGAUGGGGUCAGGGAGAGUGGGGUCAGGGGGAGUGGAAGCACCAGGAGGGGGUCAGGUGGAGUGGGGUGGGGUCAGGGGAGUGGAAGCACCAGGAGGGGGUCAGGGGGAGUGGAAGCACCAGGAGGGGGUCAGGGGGAGUGGAAGCACCAGGAGGGGGUCAGGGGGAGUGGAAGCACCAGGAGGGGGUCAGGGGGAGUGGAAGAAAAUCAAUGCAGUUAAAAGAAUGAACAGUGAAACACAGCGAGCAAAUAGCAUCAAUCAAUUCAUGUGUCAGUCCUGA